UGACAGGAUUUUUGAUCAACAAUCCCCUCCGUAAUGUCUGCCUGCUCCUGAACAUGUGUCUGUGUAGCUCUAUUAUGUGUUUUUAAUACUUUGUGAGAGCAUGUGUUCUUAAUCAUUCUACCUGAGGACUCUUAUUCAGCGGUGAGGUGACCACCUUCAGCUCAGAUCCCGUUUGCACCAUGCCUCUGAGAGACUCAGUCACCCCGCUGCUCUGGAGUUGCUGUGUACUAAUGCUCAUCCACCAAUGCGAGGCUCAAGCUCUAAACUGCACGUGUAAUGUGACCAAUAGUCGGUGUGACGAGAAUGCGGUGUGCAGGUGUGACCCGGGUUGGGAGGGGCAGCAGUGCAACGUCUGUGUGAGAAUGCCAGGCUGUGUCCAUGGAUCAUGUCAUCAACCCUGGCAAUGCACCUGCGAGCCUGGAUGGGCAGGGCGCUUCUGCGACAAAGAUGUCCAUGUGUGUACAAAUGAGGCACCUUGUCAGAACGGUGCCACUUGUUACGUCAACGUUUCAGGGGAAUACUCCUGCCUCUGCCCCGAGGGAUUUCACGGGAGGAACUGCGAGCACAAGACAGGACCCUGUCAUAAGACCGGCAGGUCUUCGUGUAAGAAUGGCGGGCAGUGUGAGGACAGUGGCGGUUAUGCUCCAGAGCUCUCCUGCCGCUGCCUGGCAGGCUUCACCGGGCCACGUUGCGAGAACAACAUGGAUGACUGCCUGAUGCGCCCCUGUGGUAACGGUGCCACCUGCCUGGAUGGCAUCAACCGCUUCUCCUGCCUCUGUCCCGAGGGCUUCACGGGCCGGUUCUGCACCGUCAACCUGGAUGACUGUGCCAGCCAACCUUGCCUUAAUGGAGGGCGCUGUCUGGACCGUGCCAGCACCUUCCACUGCCUCUGCAAGCCUGGGUUCACUGGCAGGACCUGCGAGGUGCCCUUAAGGAGCCCAGAGAGCCAAGCACCCAUCAGCAGCUCCCAUGACUGGGCUGGGGGAGGUGGGGGCUGGGGAAGGGUAACUCAGUCCAGGCCAGACCAGGACAUCACGAGGGGGGACAAUAAUAGUGGAGACAGGCUGCUUAAGAUCUCUGUGAAGGAGGUUGUGACCCAGUGGGGGUCGUCUGGCCUGUCAGAGGUGCAGCUCAUAACCCUCCUGGUGCUGGGGGGCAUGACACUUGCCGUGGUGGUGCUCACAGCUGGCCUGGUGCUGAGGGGACAUUGGCAGGACCACUGUGCAAGCUGCAGGUGCGGCCCCACCCCCCACCUGCCCCCGCUGAAACACCGAGACCGCCAGCCACCCCCGCAGAGCCACAUAGUCACAGUGGAGCAGGAGUGUAAGAUCAGCUUCCUGCACACGCCCACAGCCCCAGAACUGGAGAAGAAGAAACUGAACACUUAGGUUAUGUUUACUACCUCCACAGCCCUGAACACAGGACACAGACUGCUCUCAGCAGAGGGAAAGCCAUGCUUUUAUCCCAGCCCUGCCUCCAUGACUGAUUUUCUUCAGUACUGAUAGUCAAAAUACAGACAACAUACCGACCUAGGUAUCGAAAUCUAAAGAGACGCAGGACCAAGAAGGGACCAGUGGGUCUGUUCAAGGGUAAAUGUUAGGAGUGUCAAACACAUUCUCUUAACAAAAAGGAGCGUAGUCCUAAUAUUACGGAUUAUUAGUUGACCAGAGGGGUAAAGCGGAGGUACAUCAUGAGAAAUAUACUCAAGUCCUUUGGUUACUUGUCACGGACAACCAAUGUGUAAUUUGUCCGUCCACAAAAUCAGCUGAUUCGAUUUCUUGGCGUGAACUGCAUGUAAGACAGGCCUACUGACAGACAGCUUUGGAAUGCAAGCCGAGACAAUGCCCUUGUUAUGUCAACCUAAUUGGUGUACUGGUAUUUGUCACUGCUGUUCUCGUCACGAUAUUAGGCCAAAAUGGUAGACAUGAAUGAACCUACCCAUAUUUUUCCAAAUGGGCUCUGACCUCGGAACAAGCUCUGCAGUGAGCCGAAUUCAGACAUGCAGACAAAUGAUUGCCUGAAUUCAUGUUGUUUUAACAGUGUACUUUUUAUACCACAGACUCAAGAUCUGCAACACCUCAACACCUACUUCAUUUAAGUAACUGUCCAGUGUUUCCAGAUUUCUAUGAAAUAUGACCUAUAAUUAAUUACAAUAUGAGUAAAAUAGUUUUCCUUCCAAAAAAGUGUAAUUAUGUAUGUAAAAAAAUCUGCUUUUCUGUGUUGGAAUGGUGUGGGCGUACCCCAUAGAGUUAGAUAGAGGCACAGGCAUUGCCAUUUAGGGCUUUCAACAUUUUAAGGUAGUCAACAGGGUUGUACUUUCUAUGGGUUACGGAAGGAUGACAUGAUUCCAUCCAGGUCAUCAGGAGGGAUCAACCAAUGAAUUAUACUUGUAAGAAAACACUAGGUGGCCAUAUGUACCUUUUCAGUUUGUUUGUCAACUCAUAGAAGUAGUAGAAGAAGAAUAUUGACUACUUCAAAAUAAAGAUGGCCUUAAUGGCGCUGCCUGUACGCUCACAGAUGCCAUCACGGGAUAUACACUGAGUGUACAAAACAUUAGGAACAGGUCUACCGGGUGGCGCACUGGUCUAGGGCACUGCCUUGCAGUGCUAGCUGUGCCACCAGAGUUUCUGGGCUCGCGCCCAGGCUCUGUCGCAGCCGGCCGUGGCAGGGAGGUCCGUGUGGCGACGCACAAUUGGCCUAGCGUCGUCCGGGUUAGGGAGGGUUUGGCCGGUAGGGAUAUCCUUGUCUCAUUGCGGAAUAGCGACUCCUGUGGCGGGCCGGGCGCAGUGCACACUAACCAGGUCGCCAGGUGUGCGGUGUUUCCUCCGACACAUUGCGGCUGGCUUCCGGGUUGGAUGCUCGCUGUGUUAAGAAGCAGUGCGGCUUGGUUGGGUUGUGUUUCGGAGGACGCAUGGCUUUCCCAUACGGGAGUUGUAGCGAUGAGACAAGAUAGUAACUACUAACAAUUGGAUACCACGAAAUUGGGGAGAAAAGGGGAUAAAAUAAAAAUAUAACAUUAGGAACCCCUGGUCUUUCCAUGACAUGAAAGCACCUAGAUUCACCUGGUCAGUCUAUCACUUGUUAAAUCCACUUCAAUCAGUGUAGUUGAAGGUUAGGAGACAGGUUAAAGAAGGAUUUUGAAGCCUUGAGACAAUUGAGACAUGGAUUGUGUUUGUGCCAUACAGAGGGUGAAUGGGCGAGACAACAGAUUUAAGUGCCUUUGAACGGGGUAUGGUGCCAGGUGCACCGGUUUGAGUGUGUUUUCACGCUCAACAGUUUCCCAUGUGUAUCAAGAAUGAUCCAAAGGACAUCCAGCCAACUUGACAUAACUGAGGGAAGCAUUGGAAUCAGCAUGGGCCAGCAUUCCUGUGGAACGCUUUCGACACCUUGUAGAGUCCAUGCCCUGACAAAUUUAGGUUUUUCUGAGGGAAAGAUGUUCCUAAUGUUUUGUACACUCAGUGUAUAUAAAGAUGAUAUCUCAAUCUAUCACUGUGGACAACAACAGAAUGAUGUGAGUGUAUACCGGUCAUUAAAAAUAUUAAUGUGUAGACCGCUGAUUGGAAAACUCAUUCUUCUAUGAGGAAAUAGCAAGCAUUUAAAAAAUAUUCUGUUUGAGAUACACGUUUGAGGUGGGGACUUCAUGUUUUUUAAAUUUAUUUAUGCUUUGGCCACAUGAGUAUAGAAUGAGUCAACAACAUUAUUUGGGUAUUAGUUAACAUAAUAUGAACUUUUAAGAGUGAGAUUUUCACUGGACAGUUACUUUAAAUUAUAAGUGUAUCAUUUUGUAAAAAGUAAUAUUCUGUCAACACUGAAAAUGAAUUUGUGACCUGUUUACUUCUGUAUGGUGUUUAAUAGCGAAUAACAAUAUGGAUUUGCGUAACAGUAUUUUGAAGCUGUACAUUUUAUUUAUUUUCUGUAAUUUAUUAUAGAAUGUGGUCUAUUUGCAAUGAGUCUUAUUUUUUUAUACUGAAUUGUCUGCAAUAAAGUUGUGAACUGUU